ACAUGAUCCCCAUGGUCGACAUGGCCAAGCUCUUCGCCCUCCGCCCAAACAUCUCAGCCACCAUAAUCACCACCCCUGCCAAUGAACCCCUUGUCCGCCCGUCGAUCCAAUCCACCGCCAUUGAGCUCCUCCUUGUCCCAUUCCCCCACUCCGUCACGCACCUCCUACGCGACGGCAACGAGAACCUUGCCUCUCUCACCUUCCCUGACUUCCGCGACUUCUUCAUCGCCUUCUACUCCCUCCAGAAGCCCAUUGAAGAGCUCCUGUACUCUCGCCGCCCAGACUGCAUCGUCUCCGACUUUAUGUUCACAUGGACCACGGACACCGCUGCGGCACUCAACGUGCCUAGAAUCGUGUUCUACGGUCAUGGCACGUUUGCCAAUUGCGUACAUGAAAGCCUCCUGCGCUACACUCCUUACGAGAAAGUUAACGAUGAUUCUGAGGUGUUCGCGGUCGAAGGCCUACCUCACCGUAUAGAGAUGACGAGAUUGGAGGUUUCUUUGGGUUUGAAAUACUCAACGCAGGCGAUGGUGGAGUCGGUAGAGAGGAGCUACGGCGUGGUUGUGAACAGUUUUGUCGAGCUUGAGCCGGAGUAUGCAGAGCUCUAUCGGAAGAAUGGACGGAGGGCAUACUACGUGGGCCCGCUAUCGCUGUCGACCAAAGAUGAAGCAGAGAAGGCAGAUAGAGGGAAGAAGUUCAAUCCAGAGCUUGAAGGACUCAUUACGUGGUUGGAUAAGGAGGAGGAGAAUUCAGCUGUGUAUGCUUGUUUUGGUAGCCUGAAUGAAUUCUCAGCUGAUCAGCUGCGAGAAAUUGCACUGGGGCUUGAGGCCUCGGGCCAAUUAUUUGUCUGGGCUGUGAGGGAUAUCAAUAGACAGAACGAAGCAGAGUGGUUGCCUGAGGAUUUUGAGGAGAGGGUGAAGGGGAAGGGAGUGGUGAUAAGAGGAUGGGCACCACAGAUUGCGAUCUUGAACCAUAGAGCAGUAGGA